CUCUUCCUCUUUCUUUCCGACCACGUGCCGAGAUUGGUGGUAAUAUCCAUAGCGUGCCCAAUUUUUUGUCGAAACUCAUGUAACAAAAUGUCGGAAACUUCAGAGGACGAACAGGCGCAGCUGCAAACCAGCGACGAAGAGGAGGAACUAAGUGGCGAGGAGGAGCAGGAAGGUGAUUCGGAAGCGGAAGGCGAUGAAGAUGAGGCGGAGGAAAAUGGCGCCGGUGAUGCAGCCAGUGGUUCCGAGGAGGACGACGACACGGCUGAGGACAAGAAGCUGACCUGGAAGGAUCUAGGACUCAAUGAGACUUUGUGCCAGGCCUGCAACGAACUGAAGUGGAAGGCGCCCUCGAAGAUCCAGCGUGAGGCCAUUCCGGUGGCGCUGCAGGGCAAGGAUGUGAUUGGCCUGGCGGAGACUGGGUCCGGCAAGACGGGAGCCUUCGCCCUGCCCAUUUUGCACUCUCUGCUCGAGAAUCCGCAGCGAUAUUUCGCCCUCGUGCUAACUCCCACGAGGGAACUGGCAUUCCAAAUCGGCGAGCAGUUCGAAGCGCUUGGCAGCAGUAUUGGCAUCAAGUGUUGUGUGGUCGUCGGCGGCAUGGACAUGGUAGCCCAGGGUCUGCAGCUGGCCAAGAAGCCACACAUCAUCAUUGCCACACCGGGUCGCCUGGUUGAUCACCUGGAGAACAUGAAGGGCUUCAACCUGAAGGCCAUUAAAUACCUAGUCAUGGACGAGGCGGAUCGCAUUCUCAACAUGGACUUCGAGGUGGAGCUGGACAAGAUCCUGAAGGUGUUGCCGCGCGAACGGCGGACAUUCCUGUUCAGUGCGACCAUGACCAAGAAGGUGAAGAAACUUCAGCGCGCCUCGCUGAAGGAUCCGGUGAAGGUCGAGGUCUCCAACAAGUACCAGACGGUAGAGCAGUUGCAACAGUCAUAUCUGUUCAUCCCCGUUAAAUACAAGGAUGUUUAUCUGGUGCAUAUCCUCAACGAACUGGCGGGCAACAGCUUUAUGAUCUUCUGCAGCACCUGCAAUAACACCGUUAAGACGGCUCUGAUGCUUCGGGCAUUGGGACUGGCAGCCAUCCCCCUGCACGGCCAAAUGUCCCAGAACAAGCGACUAGCUGCUUUGAACAAAUUCAAGGCGAAAAAUCGUUCGAUUCUCAUUUCAACGGACGUGGCCUCCCGCGGUCUGGACAUCCCCCAUGUGGAUGUGGUCGUCAACUUUGACAUACCCACUCACAGCAAGGACUACAUCCAUCGCGUGGGAAGAACUGCAAGAGCGGGUCGGUCCGGCAAAGCCAUCACGUUGGUCAGCCAGUACGACAUUGAGCUGUACCAGCGCAUCGAGCACCUGCUGGGCAAGCAACUGCCACUGUACAAGUGUGAGGAAGACGAGGUCAUGGCCCUCCAAGAGCGAGUGGCAGAGGCUCAACGCACCGCCAAGCUGGAGCUGAAAGAUCUGGAGGAUACGAAGGGAGGCAGGGGCCACAAGCGGGGCGGCGACAACCACGAUGAUUCGGAGCACUUCACGGGCGCCCGCAAACGCAUGAAGCCUAUGGGUGGCGGCGGGGGCAAAGGCGGAGGAGGUGGUGGAAAAAAGGGCUUCGGCAAAAAGAACUGGAGCAAGGGCAAACAGAAGAGAUAGACUCAGGUCUACCCUAUAGCUAAGUCUCGAUUUUAUUUAGUGGUAAUCUAUUUCCUAAUAAAAGAAAAUAAGAAAA